AUGGCUGACCGAUAUUCGUUCUCCUUGACUACCUUCUCCCCCAGUGGAAAACUGGUUCAGAUUGAAUAUGCCUUGAACGCCGUCAACUCGGGUGUGACUGCCCUUGGAAUCAAAGCUACAAACGGAAUCGUUCUUGCUACGGAAAAGAAGUCUUCUUCGCCCCUCAUCGACCCCCCUUCUCUCUCCAAGAUCUCCUUAAUCACCCCCGACAUUGGUAUGGUCUAUGCCGGAAUGGGCCCUGACUACCGCGUGCUCGUCGACAAGGCCCGUAAGGUGUCUCACACCGGCUACAAGCGCAUCUACAACGAAUACCCCCCUACUCGGAUCCUGGUGCAGGAUGUGGCUCGCGUGGUGCAAGAGGCAACGCAGUCCGGUGGUGUCCGACCGUACGGCGUCAGUCUGCUGAUUGCCGGUUGGGACGAGGGCGUUGAGCCCGAGUCGGAACAGGCGGCGAAGGGCGAAGACGAGGACCCGGAGUCUGGAAAGGCCACGGGCAAGACAGGCGGUAUCCUCAAGGGCGGCCCGAGCUUGUACCAGGUCGACCCCAGUGGCAGUUAUUACCCGUGGAAGGCCACGGCCAUCGGCAAGCACGCCACGAGUGCGAAGACCUUCCUCGAGAAGCGUUACACCGAGGGCCUUGAACUCGAAGAUGCUAUUCACAUCGCCCUUCUGACGCUAAAGGAGACCAUCGAGGGUGAAAUGAACGGAGACACGAUAGAGCUGGGCAUUGUUGGUCCUCCUGCUGAUCAUCUGCUUGGCUACGAGGGCGUCGAAGAGUCCCGAGGACCCAGAUUCAGGAAGCUGACCAAGGAGGAGAUCGAGGACUACCUGACCAACCUAUGA